UGCCUGUUUAUUGAAACCAGCUGGCCGGACAUUAGUCAAAUUCCAUAUUGGGACUAGAAUUUCGUGACUAGUGAUGAGACAUGUCCCCUUUUUAGCGAUAAAUUUGCAUUGGAAAAUCAGCGAAACGUUUGCAAUUGGAUAGCAACAUUGGCAUGUUCUCUUUCAAGUGAACCUUGAACUGUAUAUUUUAGGAAAUGUUAAUGACGGUUACACUCACCACUUCAAGGAGCACUUAGACUAUUUCCGUCUGGGACGUGUAAUGUACAAUGGAAAAGGGUCAAAGUCAAACCAAAUUAAUGGCCCUUCACCAAACCGUUUGGGCAUAUAAAGGCAAGCGAUUUAUUUGUUCUUCACUACAAUCCGUAGAACAAAAUCCAACAGAUCAACAUGAAGCUGUAUAUCAUUGCUGCCCUCAUCGCCGUUGCUGCCGCUGCCCCAUCAUCGUACGGGCAAACUGGCUACCAGCAGUCUAACUAUGGCUCCCAAAACUAUAACGAUGGCAAAGAUUACUCCGGUAUUUACAUCAUAAACCAAUCCGAUUACCGCAAACCGGAUGGCAGCAGCUCGUUCGAUUACCUGCAAUCCGACUACACUGCUCGCCAAGAGUCGCAGGUCCAGAAGUUGAUACCUGUAACCAACUACGAUUCGUAUGGCAAACCUAGUUACGAUAAAGCUUACGGAAACACCAACCAGGGAUCUGUUUACUGGAUUUCUCCAGAAGGCGAGAGAAUCUCCUUGUCCUGGGUUGCCGAUGAAAAUGGCUACCAGCCAUCGGGUGACCAUUUGCCAGUUCCCCCACCCAAUCCAUACCUAAACUUUGGAUCCAGAUACUAAUGGGUAUUCUGGUAAAAUCUCCUUUUGACGCCUCUUCUGCAACCUAAAGACCUAUUUUGAUAAAUUUAUAAUAAGUUAUAUUUGGGAUUCAGUGGGAAUUUUUAAGUCACUAUUUCAAGCAAAUCAUGGCAACGUGGCUUAAUGAAGUAGAAACAGAAAAAUACAAUAUCUACCAAUAAA